GCGGCGACCCCUGCCCGGAGGUGGCGGCCUUGACGGCGCUACCCGCCGCUGUUCACGUCCGCGGACCCGCGCGGGAGACACUCGGACACGCAGAGCCAGCGCGCCGCGGAGCGUCCCGUCUGCCCCGGCGGCGCCUCGGGAGAGCGAGGUCCCAGCCUGUCUGCGCCGGCGGCAGGCGUCGGCUGUGUCGGGAGCGCGCCCGCCCGCCCGCCCCUCCGCUGCCCGGCCCGGAGCCGGAGAGGCGCGCACGAUGAGCGGCGGCGAAGUGGUCUGCUCGGGAUGGCUCCGCAAGUCCCCCCCGGAGAAGAAGUUGAAGCGUUAUGCAUGGAAGAGGAGAUGGUUUGUGUUACGCAGUGGUCGCUUAACUGGAGAUCCAGAUGUCUUGGAAUAUUACAAAAAUGAUCAUGCCAAGAAGCCUAUCCGUAUUAUUGAUUUAAAUUUAUGUCAGCAAGUUGAUGCUGGAUUGACAUUUAACAAAAAAGAAUUUGAAAACAGCUACAUUUUUGAUAUCAACACCAUUGACCGAAUUUUCUACUUGGUAGCAGACAGUGAGGAAGAGAUGAAUAAGUGGGUUCGUUGCAUUUGUGACAUCUGUGGGUUUAAUCCUACAGAGGAAGAUCUUGUGAAGCCCCCGGGCAGCUCUGCACAGGCGCCAGCCGAUUUACCUUUAGCUGCCAACACAGCACCACCAGCCACCCAGGGGGAUUCAUCCUCCGCUGCUCCACCUCCUCCCUAUCAGCUAAUUAACCUUCCACCACACCUAGAAACUGUUGGCAUCCAGGAAGACCCUCAAGACUACCUCUUGCUAAUCAACUGUCAAAGCAAGAAGCCUGAACCCACUAGAACACAUGCUGAUUCUGCAAAAUCCACCUCUUCUGAAACAGACUGCAAUGAUAACGUCCCUUCUCAUAAAAAUCCUGCUUCCUCCCAGAGCAAACAUGGAGUGAAUGGCUUUUUCCAGCAGCAAAUGAUGUAUGACUCUCCACCGUCUCGUGCUGCAUCUGUCUCUGUAGACUCCAGCCUCUAUAACCUGCCCAGAAGUUACUCCCACGAUGUUUUACCAAAGGUGUCUCCAUCAAGUACCGAGGCAGAUGGAGAACUCUAUGUUUUUAAUACCCCAUCUGGGACAUCAAGUGUAGAGACUCAAAUGAGGCAUGUAUCUAUUAGUUAUGACAUUCCUCCAACACCUGGUAAUACUUAUCAGAUUCCACGAACAUUUCCAGAAGGAACUUUGGGACAGACGUCAAAGCUAGACACUAUUCCAGAUAUUCCUCCACCUCGGCCACCGAAACCACAUCUGGCUCAUGACCGAUCGCCUGUGGAAACGUGUAGUAUCACACGCACGGCCUCAGAUACUGACAGUAGUUACUGUAUCCCAACAGCAGGGAUGCCACCAUCACGUAGUAAUACCAUUUCCACUGUGGAUUUGAACAAAUUGCGAAAAGAUGCUAGUUCUCAAGACUGCUAUGAUAUUCCACGAACAUUUCCAAGUGACAGAUCUAGUUCACUUGAAGGCUUCCAUAACCACUUUAAAAUCAAAAAUAUAUUGACAGUGGGAAGUGUAUCAAGUGAAGAACUGGAUGAAAAUUAUGUCCCAAUGAAUCCCAAUUCUCCUCCACGACAACAUUCCAGCAGUUUUACGGAACCAAUUCAGGAAGCAAAUUAUGUGCCAAUGACUCCAGGAACAUUUGAUUUUUCUUCGUUUGGAAUGCAAGUUCCUCCUCCUGCUCACAUGGGCUUCCGGUCCAGCCCAAAGACCCCUCCCCGAAGGCCAGUUCCUGUUGCAGACUGUGAACCACCCCCUGUGGAUAGGAACCUCAAGCCGGACAGAAAAGGUCAAAGUCCUAAAAUUUUAAGACCCAAACCCCCUGGUUUAGAGCGAACUGAUUCACAAACCAUAGGUGACUUUGCUACAAGAAGAAAGGCCAAGCCAGCACCUUUAGAAAUAAAACCUUUGCCAGAAUGGGAGGAACUGCAGGCCCCAGUUAGAUCUCCCAUCACCAGGAGUUUUGCUCGAGACUCCUCUAGAUUUCCCUUGUCUCCCCGACCGGAUUCAGUGCAUAGCACAACUUCAAGCAGUGACUCACACGACAGUGAAGAGAAUUAUGUUCCCAUGAACCCAAAUCUGUCCAGCGAAGACUCAAAUCUUUUCGGCAGUAACAGCCUUGAUGGGAGAAGCAGUCCUAUGGUCAAGCCCAAAGGAGACAAACAAGUAGAAUACCUAGAUCUAGAUUUAGAUUCUGGGAAAUCCACACCACCACGCAAGCAAAAGAGCAGUGGCUCCGGCAGCAGCGUAGCUGAUGAGAGAGUAGAUUAUGUUGUGGUUGACCAACAGAAGACCCUGGCUCUGAAGAGCACUCGGGAAGCCUGGACAGAUGGGAGACAGUCCACAGAAUCCGAAACACCAGCCAAGAAUGUGAAAUGAAAAUACUGCUUUGCUGUUUCUGAACAAAAGAGAACUGAAUUGUAAAGAUGAAUCCUGUCUGACUGAAGAUGACUUGACACUUCUUUUCUAGGUAGAGCCUCAAGUGAGGAGAAUUGAAGUCAAAGGACCUUUCACACAUAAUCAAGCAAUUUAGACUGUAAAUGGUGCUUUGUGGUAUCUGAACAAUUCAUAACAUGUAAAUAAUGUGGGAAAAUAGUAUUGUUUAGCUCCCAGAGAAACAUUUGUUCCGUAGUUAACACACUUGUAGUAUUACUGUAUUUAUGCACUUUUUCAUUUAAAACGUUGGUUUGGGUAUUCCCAAAUGUUCCUUAACAUAAUUCCUUUGGGAGUUCUUGUUUUUCCUUACACUACUCUAUAUAACAAUACUAAGUUAACUAAGCUACUUUUAGAUUUGGAAAUUGCUCUUUAAACCGCACUCUAACAACAUUAAAAUGAGAAGUAGAUUUACAAUUUACCUGUCUACCUGAAACUUCAGGUGAUAACCAUUAGCUUAAACUACACAGUAUUGACCGGCUCAUCAUUCACUGCCUUCCAAAAUGCUGAGGAUAAUAUCUGCACUGGUGUCAGGAACUAAUUCUCUGGUUCAUGUACGUUUAGUUUUCAGUGGUGAAACUGUAUUAUAUUUUGUUAACUGUGUUUUGGGUUCAUUGAGUGAAGAUUCUGCCAGGUGGAAUCUUGUACCUUGGAAACAAUGAAUUAUUACUCUAUCAAGUAAGCCUACAGAUCACUUACCGGCAUGCAGUGAUGAUGAGCUCUCACACUUGUUAACAUGUAUUAAACUUUACAUUAUUUGCAAAUGUAGAUUAUAUAACUAAUCAGGUACGUACCAGGCACUGAUGUGCUAAUACACUGAUCAGGUUUAGACAAUGAGCUUUAGUUGUGUUCUUAUUAGUCCUAAUGUUGGUUUCCAAUUUGGACUUAAGGAAACAUUCACUGUUAGUUAUAGCAACAUACUGUGAUUUUUUUAAUUAGACAGUAAAUCAGAUUUAUUAAUCUAAGAAUGAAAUUCUAUCUUUUGACACCAUAGUGCCCUUUCUAUGAUUUUUUUAACUUUCCUUAAUAUUCUCCUUGGCCUUAUAUUAAAUCCCUAUGCAAUUAAUAUUUUAUAUCUACAUUUUUAAAAAAAAAAAAAAAGUUGUUCUAUAAGUGAUUCUCAUAUGUAGCACCUGUUGCUUUUCCAGUAAAAUAAUUAAGGAUUUUGUACUGUGAUUUGUAUUCACUGCCCUAAUUCGAGAAAUAUUAGGAGUAUUGCUAUAAUGUGAAAUCUUAUGGUCAUAAACCUCUUCCAACCAGAUUUCUGAAAUCACCAGAGGAGUUCUAGAAUUCCAUCUCACCUAUAUUAUGGUCCUGUGAUAUGGAUAUCAAAACCACAAUUUUAUAUAGUGAGGCUACAGUAAAUAUUUAUCUGUUUUGACUUUGCAGUGUAAUGUAGAAAGCAGGUAUAGUGUGUUUGUUUGCUUUUUUUUUUUUUUUUAAUAAGUUACAAACAAUCUCUUAUGUAUUGAUUUGAGACUUACUAACAGUUUUUUGGAGGGGGGCAGAGACAGGAGUCCCCACAGCUGAGGCCUGACUCCCUCCAUUCAGACCUCUAACUGUUGCCUGAAUGUGCCCCGAUUUCUGGUCUUUUGGCCAUAGUACCGUGCCUCAUCGAUGUAAUGGGUUUAUUUCCCCAAUCCACGAACUAAAAAUGUUCAUAACAGGAUGAAUUAUAGACUAGUAUCAUUUGAUGCUUUUAAAUGUUUGCUUUUUUUUUUUAAAACAAAAACUAAAACUCGGAAGUGAAUUUUCAGAUGGAUUUUUAAAUAAAAAAGAUUGUUUGAAUUUGGUGUGCGCAAGCUGUUUUAUAAUGAAACCACAAAAUAAAAUCCAAAACUAUUGAAUUGUGCCUAAACCAUUAAAACACACAACACAGUUGAUGUGUGAAAAUGCUAAAUUGUGUUAUGUGGAAGAUGAACGUAUUUUCAGAUAUACAACACAACAAUAAGUAGUAGUAUUAUUCAAAAAUGGAAUCCUGUUUAAAGCAGCCUAUCAGAAGAGUCUAAGGCAAAUAGACUGACUUUUUUAGUGUUGAUUUUCCAUUUUUUACAAGUUACCCUUUUAGAAAACCCGUAGCAUUAUAAUUGGCAGAACUUUUCCCAUUGUGCAGAGUCAUCUAAUAACUGAAAUGUAUUAGGCAGUUUGUUUUAGCAAAUGAAAUCACAUUAAACUCCGUAUUAGCAAAUUAAAGGAUAGUUUCAUAUGGAGCAUUAUUUUUCCAGACAUUUCUUGAACAGAAUUUUGGGUAACCCCAACACAUAAAGCCUGAAAAGUUCAUUUUGUCAGUGUACAUAUUUUGGGUUCACAUUUAAGCUUAUUUUAGUCCAUUAUUAAGAAUAAAAUUUGUGAAUAACACAAAUGUGUAAUUGGCAGCAUAGACUUGGUGGAAAACCUCAGCAGCCAAUUUAUUUUCAUGUCUUGUUUUAUUUGCAUACUAUCAAGAAAAUUUGGAUUCACACAAACAUAAGUAAGUGUAAAUAAUAGCAAGUUUUAAACACCCAUCUCAGGAGAUUCUUUAAUUAGAGAUAGCUGAAGUUGUAUUCCAAGCUUUAAAAAAAAAUAAAUUAUUCUGAGAAGUUAAUACAUAAGCAGUCUCCAGAAUAGUAAAAAAUAAAUAAAUAAAAGGGAAUAUGUAACACAUUAGAACAUGCAUUUUGAUUAAGUUUUCAAAAUUUAAUUUGCGUCAAACCUUUUUAAAAUCCUAAUUGCCUGCGAGAAGCUGAGUUUUGGCCCAGUGAGAGUUGACUGAAAGCCACUGGUUAAUCGUGUAACCGAAGUCGGAAGUCUUUUUCUCCCACCUGUGUAUGAUUGGUGUUCUCUACUUUGUACUCCUUAUUUUGAAAAACUGUAAAAUCUUAUGAAGGUUUGAAUAUCAAAGCACAGUUCUGCUUUCAAGAAUUGAAAUUUAAACUUGAAUAAUUUAAGCUACUUAAGCCACAGAAGGUAUCACUUAGUAAGCUAUAAAAGAUGAUUUUUAUCUACACUAUAGUUCAUACGUUUUCAUCUUUAUUUUCAUCAAUACCAUAUAAGCUACUGUGAGCAUUUUAGAGAAUUCCAAAAAGGUACUAUGAGUGUGUGUGUGUGUGUGUGUGUGUGUGUGUGUAUAGCAUUGUAUUUAAUCCUCGAUUUUGAUAUAGAAAUACUCUAUACUUGCACGUUAAGGUCAUACAUCAAUUUCUUUUAGACUCUUUAAUUAAUGGGGGUCACAAUCUUCGUAUUCAUAAAAGCAUUUAAACUGGAAAUUGAACACCAGUGUUUUUCUUUUUUUUUCUACUAGGAGAAAGUUGUCUGCUUACCCCCGUUAGUGAUAAUGGUGUUUUUGAUAUUUUUUAAAAUGUUAACUAUUUUAUGCCUGUGCCAUAGACACUGAUCAUAAUUCUUGGAUGCUUUCAAACACUCUUAGUGCCUCUUUCUUUGGCCCAUUGAAAGUACUGGUGGUAGUAAUUUGAAUGAACACAAAGCUGGUAAAGUUUUAGAGACAACAAGGUGAGCCGAUCCCUCCUAAUCCUGUCAUGGGUCAUUCCGGUAGGUCUUGUCCUUAAUUGUCAGGUAAGCAAUCAGGUCCAUAGCAGGGAUUGUACAUAUGACAAAAUCAAGCAGAUACAGAGAGAGGGAGACAUAUAUUCUAGGGUAAGACUUACUGUCAAUAACAUCUGAUAUAUGUUAUAUGUAAAUCUGUAUGUAAUUGAAAAUACAGCUCUGAGAUGAAAAGCCCUGGUGUAAAUAAAUAAUGUGGACAUUAUGGACUUGAUAAGAUGAAAAGUUGAUUGUCAGGUUGUGGAGAUAAUUGGUGUUUACUCUGACUAAAAAUGUUUAUAUAUUACUACAGCUUGAAAUAAUUUAGUUUGUCUUCUCUUCCAUAGACGUAACUUUCUUUAGGUUCAUUAUAGUGUCUGUUAUGAGUUUCAACAAACUGUUUAGUCAAGAGAUUAACAUAGCUUCUACUUUCUUAACAUAAAAAGACAUGAUCUUGUGUGAGUUAUUGUAAUCUGAAUCAAUUGUUGAUAAUCAUCCCAAAUUUCAACAGCAAAAUCUUAUGUGUAAGCUUAUUUUUCCCUCUUGCACAACUUCUUUUGUAAAGAUCCAAUUGUAGAUAUCUUCUGCUACCAAAUAAAACUUUUCAAACAA